AUGACUUACCCGGUGAUGGCGCAGCCGCAGGUGGUGCAGGUAUUCACCAACUCCAGCCCCAUCGCCAGUCAGUGGAGCUCUGACGUCAUGGACUGUUGUAAGGACAUGGGAGUGUGUCUAUGUGGAACAUUCUGCCCCCUCAUCUUGGCGUGCAGGGUGGCUUCGGAAUUCGGCGAGUGCUUCUGUCUGCCGCUGCUAGGGGGCACUAUGCUCGCCUUACGUACCGGCCUACGAGAGCGACAUCACAUCCCGGGCACCAUCUGCGAUGACUGCGUGUGUCUCACAUUCUGUGGCCCCUGCACUGUAUGUCAGAUGGCUCGUGAGAUGAAGGCAAGAAAAUGA